GCUCCACCUGAGAAGGACAGCUCAUUCGAAUAUUCAAGGAUCUGUUUCUAGUUAGGCGAUCACACUUCUAGAGACAGCUGUCCUUAUUUGACCAAGAUGUCGAAUGCACUAUUCUCCGUUCCUGGCUGGAAUCUUUCCACGUCAUUGAAGACGGAGAUUCCGGACCCUCGCACUGCCAAGGGGAAGAAAUCCAAGAAAGGAUCGAAGGGAGGUGCUGCUGAAGGUCCUCCUCAGCCGGCCAAACCUCCGAAGUUGACUAGCAGUAAUAAUGUACCUGUUGGACAAUCGAAAAAACGAAAGCAGGAUGGGGAGGCUGCAGAUGUUGAGGAACCGCAGAAAAGAGCAAGGACCGAUCCUUCCGAAGGCGAUGUGAUUGAUGAGACUGGGACCACUCCUAAAGGGCAGAAAACCUCGUCCAAGGCGAAGAAGAACCUUCAAAAUAAACCUCAGCAUGACCAAUCCAACCAAGCCGCCGCCAAACCCAAGGCUCCAACAACGAAACCAGCCAACACAAAGGCGAAGGAGCCCGCUUCCAAGCUCACCCCUCUCCAAUCCAAGAUGCGCGCCAAACUCACCUCCGCGCGCUUCCGCCACCUCAACGAAGCGCUCUACACCACCCCCUCCUCGGACUCCUUCUCCCUCUUCGGCAAGAGCCCUGAAAUGUUCGCUGACUACCACGCCGGCUUUGCCCAGCAGGUCGGCAGCUGGCCGGAGAACCCCGUCGACGGAUACGUCCGCGACAUCACCGCUCGCGGGAGCGUCACCGAGGUCAAGAAGGGCGACCACGGCGACGAGUCCGCUCCGUCUGUCCUCCCGCUCCCACGCGAUCGGCGCACUGGACGAUGCCGGAUCGUCGAUCUGGGGGCGGGAACGGCGCCGUUGGCGCGGGCGCUGCGGCCGAAGAUGAAGAAGCUGGGGCUGAAGGUUAGUAGCUACGAUCUGGGGUCAGACUCGGACAUGGUGACGAAGGCGGACAUUUCGAACCUGCCGCUGCGCGAGGGGGAGGUGGAUGUGGCGAUCUUCUGUCUUGCGCUGAUGGGGACGAACUGGCUGGACUUCAUCGAGGAGGCGUAUCGCGUCCUGCGGUGGAAGGGGGAGUUGUGGGUGGCGGAGGUGAAGAGUCGGUUUUCGCGGCCGGGGAAAGGUGGUGCGGGCCAUACGAAAACGACGAAGAUUGGGACGCGCAAGAAGGGGGUGAAGGAGGAGGAGGACGAGCUGCCGCAGGGAUCUUUUAUUGUCGAUGAGGUGGAUGGCGAUGGAGAUCCCAUUGAAAAGACGGACGUCCAGGCUUUCAUCGAUGCCUUGGGCAGACGGGGCUUCGUGCUGAAGCAAGACAAGGGGGCGGAUCUGAGCAACAGGAUGUUCGUCAAAAUGUGGUUCGUCAAAGCGGCUCCAGCGCAGGUGGGAAAGAACGUGAGGGAGGUUGAAAAGACGCAGAUGGAGCAGCCGGAGAGAUUUGCGAGAGGGCAGAAGAGACCUCAAGGCAAAUUCAUCGAUAAGCCGAUCGCGGCUGAGGAUGAGGCGAAGAUUCUAAAGCCGUGUGUAUACAAGCUGAGAUAAAGUAUCAUCCAAAUCCAGUUCAAUUUAACGCA